CUAAAAUUGUUCAGUAUUAGGAUUCCAGCCCUAAUCGUUAAUCCUUAUUGGCUAAAUACUUUAGGAUUAAUUUUUAUUUUUAAUUGGCUUAAAUGCAUGCUUUUUCCCUUGAAAAUAUUUCAGUAUGCUUCCAUCUUAUUGGUUAGUAUAACCAUAUAUUACGAUAUGCAAAUUUGGAUAUCGAUAGUGAUGCUGGACUUCCGCAGGACACCUUGCUAUGACCUGUGGUCUACGCAGAAGUCUGAAGUCUUAGAUGCAGAUGUUGCGUAUGUUGGUUGUGGUGAGUCUUGUCGCCAUGAUUUUUAUUCGUUCGUUACUUCUGUGAUUCGAAACCAAUAACACUAAUUUGUUGUAGCCGGUUACAUUCCAUCCCUUUGUGACCCACUCUUGGAUGGAUUGAACAAGCUAUCAAUAAGCCCGGAGUCUCCAGAUCGUCUUUCUGGUAGCGGAUAUCAUAUUGGAGAUAACAUUACGGCUGUUGUUCGUAGUCCAGAUUCUCAUGCCAUGUACCCGAAGACAACUAAAUCAACACAUCGCGAAUUUGAUACUGCUAGAUUAAGUACGUAUGGUAGUUCAUCAAACUGCAUGGAGACUUUUGAGAAACUAUGUGGACGUGGACACAGUACUCAAUCUGGAACCCAGUUACCGAGAUCAGAUGGCAUUUUCAAUCAUAGUCCUGUCGCUUGCGGUGAUGUAAACAAGACUCUAUUCACUAACAAAACCAACCAGUCGAUUUCGGUUAGAAAAGUUGAUUGCCCUCUUCUCUGUGAGAAGAAUCCCGCAAAUCCGGUUAUCGAUGGAGGUGCCUGGAAUGACUUCCCGCUGCGCGAUGCAAUUGGGGCAGCUCUUGUUAUACUUUCUAGUAAAUCAAAAGCAUCGGGAUGUCGUCGAGUAAUGUCCCGUUCUUCCCAUAGAAAUAAGAAGUGGGAUCGUGAGACGUUAAAACUUCACUCUUGGUUUAACUCUUUUUGCCUGUUAGAAAUGCCUGCUUCUCUGAAACAAAUAUUCCUGUCAGUUCGCAGAAAGUUGGAGGAAGAUUAUGUUCUAUGCGCAUUUUGCCGGAACAAUGGCGAGUUACCCGAAAUAUACAUAACUCAUGAAGUUAGGGAUCAAGAUGGUCGGGUGACGUGUCCGGUGUUACGUGUACUCUCAUGUCCCAACUGCCAUGCGACCGGUGAUCAUGCCCAUACAAUCAGAUACUGCCCGUACCCUAGGCAACUUUAGUUCUGUACUGACCUUUUAAACAUCUGUUUUAUUAUUGUUUACGUAUGAUUGUCAUUAUGUUACUUUAUUACUUAGAUUUUUGACUUUAUUUUUAUACAUCUUAAUAUGGAUUUAUGCUUAUUAUGUCCUAAUAAACUAAGUUAUGUCCA